UAAAAAUCUUAUUAAUCUUGCACUCAACUGUAUAAAUUCAACCUUUAACGUACCAAGGUGAAAACCCGACCAAUUGCCAGAACUAUUGGCGGUUUCUGCAAGCGUUGUUUUUUGUUGUUGGCGACUCGGUAAGUCGCAGGCAAAAUUUCAGCUUGUCAAUUGCACUCGUAAUUGGCAAUUGCAUUUGCUCCGCACAUUGGGCAAAAGGAGCGCCUGGGGGAAAUGGCACGCAAGAACCACAUGUACAACGCAAUACCCGCCGGCCUGGAAUCGGACGAGGAGGAGAUGGAGAACCUGAUGGCCAAUCUAAAGAUCAAGCGACUGGAGGACAUCACAACAGGUGCCGGCAUCAACGGACGCAACUUCGACGCCACGUUGGACGCGGAGGCGGAAGAGUUCUUCAAGCUAUUCCGCGAAAAGUGGAACAUGUACAGCAAAAACAUGUCGCCGCAUCUUCGGAAGGAGUUUGGCAAGGCUCUAAUGGCCCACCAGGAACCGCUCUUGUUGGCCUUGAAGAUCUUUGCCAACUGCCCCGACAGCAGCAACAUCAAGCCGAAGAGCUUGUCGCACUUUGUGCUGGACACGGUGUGCAAGCUCCACGAGGAGUUCCCACAUCUCAGCGAGGGCUGUGACCCCAACACAAGCAUGAUUGCCUUUAACUUUGUCAAGACCUCCGGACUUUUGACCCUCAACAAAGCUGUGAUCUGUGCCUACAGCCUACGCGAAAUCCGCGACCUGCUUUUGCCCAAGCUUCGAGAGCUUCUCGACUGCGGUCACUACAAGGAAGUGACACAAUGGUCAAUCAACCUGCAGCUGACGGACGAGUUCGACAUGCUGGAGCUGGCCUUUCCGCUAAUUGCCAUCGAAAAGCUACCACUGGCUGAGGAGUAUUUGGAUCAUGCUACGCAACAGCGCCUGCCUUUCGUGAAGUUCUUGGAUUCGCUGCUUCACAAGGAGAAGCCGGUUAUUGAGCUCUGUGAGCAUCUGCUGGAACGCUACAAGAAUUUAAAAAUCUCGCACCAUGUGCUAAGCUAUCGGCCCAUUGCAAAGAUCGUGGCGCGGCUGGCCAAGAAAUAUGGAUUUAAUGAUGCCGUUACGCCCAACUACAAAUUCACCAAGACGUGCAGCUAUCUGCACUACCUGUACCGUGAGUACGAGAAGACGCGUAUUAACCUGGCCAGUUUCCGGGAGCUGGUGAGCGUCCAUGCAUACGACUACGCCCUGCGCUCAGAUUUCGUUAGCUAUAUUGCCUCGGCAGGGGCUCAUUCGGAAGCCAUUUACUGGUAUAACGAGUUUAAUCUGAAUGCGAAUGAUUGCCCGCUGGAGAUUAAGGCGCAGGUCGCUCAAAAUGGCGCUGGAAAAGCGACUGGCCGGGAAUCCGACGGCCAGGAGAACUGCGCGGCAAGUGGCUGUGAUAUGUACCUGACCAUGGACCUUCCCGACGAGUGCCUAACCAUUGUGGACAAGGCAGAGGAGUUCGAUCGCAUGCUGUGUCAUCUUCAGCAGGAGCACAUCGUUUAUCUGGACUCUGAGUGGAUGCAGAACGUGUGUGGGGACAAUCAGCUGUGCGUGCUGCAGAUCGCCACCGGCCACAAUGUCUACCUGAUCGAUUGUCUAGCUAGAGAAAGUUUGCGAUCGGAGCAUUGGCGGAUGCUGGGUGCUAACAUCUUCAAUAACGUGAACAUUCUCAAGGUGGGCUUCUCCAUGGUCAGCGAUCUCAGCGUUUUGCAGCGUUCCCUGCCACUGCAGCUCCGCUUGCAAAUGCCUCACCACUACCUGGACCUGCGUAAUCUCUGGCUGGAGCUCAAGAAGCAACGCUUCGGCGUGGAGCUGCCCUAUGGCAAUCUUAACCGAACCGGCGACGCCCUCACAGAUCUCUCGUUGGCGUGUCUUGGAAAGAAGUUAAACAAGUCGAACCAGUGCUCCAACUGGGCAAAUCGACCGCUCCGACGAGAGCAGAUUAUCUAUGCAGCCAUCGAUGCGCGUUGUCUUUUGCUAAUAUACAACACGCUAUUGGCCCGUGUUCCCAACAUUCACUUGGCAAUUGAGAAGAGUAUCGCCAGUAAUAACUUCCUAAGGCGUGGCGCCAACAUCAAGUGAUUGAGGAGUUGCGCCCAUAUAUAUAUCCAUGCACUCCCUUGACGGAUAACCAUUCUCACGUAGAAAACGACAAAGGCUUUAGCCCAACAUAAACUGAGUUCAAAAGUUAAAGUUGAAAAGAGUAUUUAACGUACAUUUAGUGACUAGCAAUGCAGCUUGAUUGAGGGCUUGGACACAUGUUACAAAUCAGAAGCAAAGCAUGUGCAAGCCGAAAAUAAUUCAUGAAUUUGAUUACAUUAUGAUUUCGUUUCUCGUUGUACAUACCUUAUAUACACUUACAUUAUUCCAAUUAAUAGAGUGAUUGUAUUAUUUUGUAUUUUCUGUUAUGGCCGUAAAACGAGCCUUUUAUUUACCCUCACGCAUAAUCAAAAAUGAAUAAAAGCAAUGAAUAGGA